GGCUCCGGCCCUGGCCAUGCGGCUGCCGCCCGCCGCGGCCCGGCUGCUGCCGGCACCGCUCCCCGCCGGGGCCGGCCUGUGGCCGCGGCGAGGGGCCGCCCGGCCGUCGGAGCAGGUGGAAAAUAAAAUAAAAGGGAAACUUGAAAAGCAAAUUUGUCAAGUUGUUCUGGAUCAUUUUGAGAAGCAGUACACAGUGGAACUGGGAGAUAAGUGGACCAGUGUCAGAGAUGUACUCACAUGCCCGUCGUGCUGGCAGUAUGCCAUUCUGCUUAACAAAUUCAGCCAGUCCGCUGAACUGGAGAAUACGUUGCGUGUGAAGGGAUAUCAUCUUGCCUUUCGAGGAACUUUGCCUUAUCUUCCAAGAUCAUUGAAGUGUUACAUCAGUAGAACUCCUAGGAGAUUCCCUGCGCAAAAACACCAAACUGGUAAACUGAAAGAAUAUUACCUGCUGAAUGCUGCUUCAGUGUUACCAGUGCUGGCAUUAGAGGUGAAAGAUGGGGAAGACGUUUUGGAUCUCUGUGCUGCACCAGGGGGUAAAUCAGUAACUAUCCUACAGUGUGCCUAUCCAGGUCAAUUUCACUGUAACGAGUAUGAUGAUUUGAGAUCAAGGUGGUUGAAACAGACAAUGGAAUCCUUCAUCCCGGAUCCGUUGGUUAACUUAAUAACUGUCUCUAAACUAGACGGUAGACAGAUUGGAGAUUUUAAACCUGAAUUGUACGACAAGGUACUGGUUGAUGCUCCUUGUUCAAAUGACAGAAGCUGGUUAUUCUCUUCUGAUACUCAGCAAGCUAAGCUUAGGCUAAUACAAAGAAAAGAAUUGUCUUCUCUACAAUUCCAGCUGCUAAGGUCUGCUAUUAAAGCAUUGCGUCCUGGUGGAUCAUUGGUCUAUUCCACUUGCACUCUCUCGAAGGCAGAAAACAGCGAUGUAAUAAAUCUCAUUCUAAAAUCCUGCGCUAAUGUAAUGCCUGUAGAUAUAAGUGAAAUGGCCAAAGCUGUUUCCCAGGAAUUCACUUUUCUCUGUGAUACACAACAGCAUGAACUUCUGGUUCUGCCGGAGGAAGGGAAAGCCUGGGGCCCAAUGUAUGUAGCUAAAUUAAAGAAAAUAUAGUCC